AUGGUUUCUAAUGCCGCAACUACGCCGUCAAUACUGCCUUCUAUACGCAGAAGUCUGGCUACAUUCUCAGCCUGCUGCCGGGCGUUGACUAAAGCCCCUUGCCCUUAUCCUAUAGCAGGGUCUCUAACCCUCUCUGCACAAAUCUUGUCUGUCGCACUAAGCUCGUCCGUAGAUCCAACCCAGGACGCCGGCGAAGAGCGUAAGGAAGCCGCUUCCAAGGUUGCAGCCAUUAAUUUGGUGGCCUCAUCUAUCCAGAAUGAGAUCAAUACAAUCGCCAACCUCCAGACGGUAAUCAGAAACACAACUGAUAUGCUCCAAAAAUCACUGAUCUCAUUUGGUAACGAGGUUCUCACUGGUACCGUAGUCAGCGACCCAGACAAUAAAGGUUGGUAUUCAAACAAGCCAGCAGGCGCGGUCAUGUCCUUGAAAGAUGGAAUCUUUACUACUCCACCCCCCGAGCAGGCAAAGACUAACUUGACUACUGGCAUCAUGAAAGCAUAUUAUGCCACUGCCAUCUCGGCCAUGUGGUUGCAGCAGGAGGUUUUCAUUGCUAAACUAUCUUCCGGUUUAUUCGAUAAUUGGGAUGGAACCACUGUCUGUGACCUUUACAGAGAACAUCCAAAGUAUUUGACAUCCAAGGAUACAUCAUCAUUUUGUGAUGGAAACACAAGGUAUAUCUUUAUGAGAUGA